UUUCGCUUUCUAUUCUUCAUCCGCCAUUGCCAAGCCUUUGUCUCUGCGACAUAAUUCACCUUCCCUCUAAUUCCAUUUCCGGCUAAACACUCUCCUUAAUCCAAUUCUUCCUCGUCGACCGCCGUCUAUCGCAUCUCACUUAACUCGCUCCGCUGGCACCUCUCGCCGUCUGCGCGUCUCCAUCCAUCGCCAACACGCAGCCGCCGCCUAGUAUGCCAUUAUCUCUCUAUCUUCUUAACUACGUUAUUUAUUAUCGACAACCAAAUUUAAAGAUCUAAAUCCAAAAAAGGCUGUUUCAAUCCAUUUUGAAACCGCUAAAACUCGUUUUUUUUUGCUGUUAUCAUUUCCGCGCUAUCAACUUUCCAGUAAAAGAGUGAAAAUUUGUCAGCAAGAUUUGAAAAGAACUGAGACGGAAAGUGCCAAUAUUGCAAUUUCUUCCGAUUAUUCAGGAACAAUCGCAAAACUCAAAGGUCGGAUAGGGAAAAUGUUUUAAUAGGAAUCCCCAAUCACUCAUACAUGUCAUUUUUUUGUUUUCUUCUAAAUCUGAAUCCUACCUACAAAUCCUCCAAAUUGAAUAUCAAACUGUAUUCUCCCACUCACUCAAUUCUCUCACUGGCUUUAUCCGAGAAUCCAGAGAUACACUAAAACAGAAACCAAACAAAGAAUCAUAAUCGCCUUAAUCGAGAGUAUGGAUGGGUAUCCCCUUCUGAAGAAGCCCAAAAUCGAGCCACAAGAAACAGCGCAAAAACUCUGGCAAGAUGAAGAAGACGAGGAAAACAAUGAUGAAGAAAUGAACGAGCAAAUCAGAAAUGAGCAGGAAGAAGCGAUUGUGGCCCUGAUAGAACAUCGCACCAAAGAAGUUGACCACUUGCGCCAGCGCAUUACUUACUACAAGGCUCAGCUUGAUGAAGCAGAGAGGAAGCUAGAGGAUACCCAAAAUAAAUUGGCGCGUCAUCGAGGACAGAAGACCUCAAAUGCUUCAAAAAAAUUAACUAAUGGAAGGAAAGAGCUAGAUGUUGAAAGAUCUAAGAGUCCUUUGACGGUUCCCGAAAGUUCUCAAAAACAGUCUCAACGCCAGGAUGACGUGAAGCCCUCUGGAGAUAAUCUGAAUGUUACCAGAAGACCAUCCAGCCCUCCAUAUAGAAACGAAGGUUCCUCUCCUGACCAAACUCGGUCAAGACCACAAAUUCUAAUUCCUUCUGUGGCUCCAAACAUUUCCCAACGCAAGACAAAGGAAUCUGCAAACAAGCAUCCCAGUAAUUCUGCAUCACUGCUCACUUUACCAACACCAACUUUUGUCAAUACCCCUGCUAAGUCCAAGGGAGAAAAAGCUUCUAAAAUAUCAUCUGAGCUGGAUUCCGCAACACAACCAAAAAGUACAAAGAGGAAGCAUGAGGAGACUGAACAUAAAGAUCUAAUCAAGUUGAUUGGCAAAAGCUCUUCACCUGUCACCGUACGCUGUCAGCAUGGGACACUUUUACCUAGUCAACACAAAAGAAAGCAAAGAACUCUUGUUCUCUGUCCAACAAAUGAUCAAUUAUUUGCUACCAGUGCCUUGGAUGGAGUAGUCAACCUGUGGCAAGUACAAAACCGAGGUUCUAGUGCAAGUCUUUUGAGUAGUACUGAUUGUCUAUCUGACAAGCAAAGGAGAUGGCCAGAAGAUAUAGCAUGGCAUCCUCUUGGAUUAAAACUUUUUUCAGUUUAUAGUACAGAUGGUGGUGAUUCUCAGAUAUCAAUUUUAAAUCUAAACAAGGGAAAAGAGAGAACACGUGUGCACUUUCUUGAAGACAAGCCCCACACUAAGGGCAUUAUCAACAGCAUUGCAUUCAUGCCAUGGGACAAUAAAUUGUUCGUAACUGGUGGAAGUGAUCAUGGUGUCGUUCUUUGGACUGAGAAAGCCGAAGAAGACUCAUGGACACCUAAAACAUUGCACAAAUCUUUUCACUCCUCUGCCGUGAUGGGGAUUGCUGGAAUGCAGCAAAAAAAGAUUGUGAUGUCUGUUGGUGCAGACAAGCGGAUUAUCGGGUAUGAUGUGACAACUUCCAAAGCAGAUUAUAAACAUCAGAUAGAAAGCAAAUGCAUGAGUGUUCUACCAAAUCCAUGCGACUUCAACCUCUUUAUGGUUCAAACGGGGACUCCGGAGAGACAGCUUAGACUGUUUGACAUCAGAUUGAGGCGAACGGAGAUUCAUGACUUUGGGUGGUCUCAAGAGCGCAGUGAUUCACAGUCGGCUCUUGUUAAUCAGGCUUGGUCUCCGGAUGGUUUGUACAUAACAUCUGGGUCAGCUGACCCUGUAAUCCAUGUCUUUGACAUCAGAUACAAUGCUCGCAAACCAUCCCAGUCAAUACGAGCUCAUCACAAACGAGUUUUCAAAGCAGCAUGGCACCAUACCCUCCCUCUCCUCAUCUCCAUAUCUUCAGACUUGAACAUUGGGUUGCACAAAAUCAUCUGAGCAAAUGAAAUACAACCUGUUCAACGAUGCUUAGACAUGGUGAAGUGUUGUAUGUGCGUGUUAUUUUAGGCCGUGACUGUUCCUCUUAAAUGUGAUGCUGGGCAUGUUUGUCUCACUCAUUUUGUUUAGGUUUUAACCCAAAGCCAAGUUAAAAGGGCUUGGCAGUGGUGCCAAUUUUUGUACAAAUAUUACGUGAGAAUGGAAUAGGUAUAAUUGAACAAUCA